GCAGGCACUGGUAAGGACGACUGAAAAGAAGGGUCCUUCAAGUUCAACUGCCGCUUGUUUUGCUCUGCUUCCCCACGCUUUAUUAAGUGGGUGAGAUGACUGUGGUGGUGACCUCCAGAGUUUCAAAAGAGUGACCCAGUGAUGGCUCGUCCUGCCCCUGCUCCCCUGUACACCCUGAGGGGGGCUGGAUCCCCCCUCAAUGCCCUGCACUUCAGCUGCUGUGAAGGGGACCCUCCCCUGCUCUUUUCUGGCUCCGGCCAGGGGUCAGUCCAUGUGUGGAACCUGACCACCAGGAGAGCUGAGAGAGUUUUAGAAGGUCAUUCUGGAGCCUCUGUCAUCUGGCUCAACACUCUCCACUCCAAAGACACUCUCAUCAGUCAGGGGCGGGACAUGCGUGUGUGCCUGUGGGACCUGGCUGAGGGGCGCAGUGAUGUCACGGACACCCUGUGGACAGGCAGUGUGGGGUUCUGUCGCUGUUCCCUGCUAGAGACUGGCCCUGGGAGAUGGCUACUGGCCCACCCUGGAGAAGCCAUGGAGGAGGUGAAGAUCAUUGACCUGCCCAGCAAGAGCCCAGUCUGCUCCCUGAUACCACAAGCCAAGCUGGGGAUGGUUAUGUGCAUCAAGCUAUGGCAGCCAGACUCAAGCCCUGGCCCUCUCCUCCUGGCUGGUUAUGAGGACGGCUCCCUGGUGCUAUGGGACGUAUCCCAGAGGUCCGUGCUGAGCAGUGCGGCCGCCCACCCUGAGCCCGUCAUGUGUCUGGACUUUGACCCCGCCAGGCAGAGGGGCAUCUCUGGCUCCUCAGAGAAGAGCCUCGCCUCCUGGAUGCUUGAUGGACAGCACAGACUCCAGCUCCAGCAACCCGUAGCCCUUGUGAAUCCUGGCAUCUCCCAGCUCUGUAUCCGGGGGGACCGUAAGAUCGUGGCGUCGGCCGGCUGGGACCACCGUGUCCGUGUGUUUGGCUGGAAGAAGCUCCGGUCCCUGGCUGUCCUCCAGCACCACACAGACAUGGUGAUCAGCCUGGCCUUCUCAGACCAGCAGGACCCAAGGAACAGGCUGCUGGCCGCGGGAUCCAAAGACCAACGCAUCAGCCUUUGGUCCAUAUACAACCAGGGCUCAGACUCGGACACUGGGUGAGCCACUGGGCCCUGUAGGUAUGCUAUGGGUGUGACCAUGAAUGCGUGUAUCUCAGUGAUUAUACCAACUCUUCUACAUUUCACGAUGCAUAAGCAUUAUGAACACUCCUUUUACUAUCCCAGGUCUGUAUCUGAAUGUACUGACUAGAGCUGGACUAUGUGGACUACUGGGCAGGAACUUCUGUCUCAGACUGUGAAGACAUUUCCGACAUAGCCAAGAUGGAUCAGGUCAGGAUGAGAUGUCUUUGUGCUUCCAAACAAAAGCUGUCAAGAUGGCGGGUUAGUUCUGCUAACAAUUCACUGAGACUUAAUUUGAGGAAUUUGUACACAUUAUUUUGUCAAAUCCAACUGUUAAAUAGUGUUUGCUUAUCUGGUAGGAGAUUUGCUUGAGCGGACUUGAAUUUGAGGUAUAAGUCGCACCUGAGCGACUGUGUAAUCCUGUGUUGUUGAUCUAGUUUAACAUUGCCCUCUGCUUUGACCUACACUGCAUCAGUCAAACAGGGUUAACCACAGAACUGGGACAGAAGAGACAAAGCUGUUUGUUAAGGAGGGUCACUAAACAAUCGUCCCUCAACUAGAGAGGCUGUCUGUAGGGAUAUGGACUAAAGAGGUUAAUUGUAUUUUCAGGUUGGUCUUGAAUGUAUUUCUGUUUGUUUUUGUGAAUAUGAUAUGUUGCCCCUGUGCAUUGUGGGAAGUAAUGUGUCAAAUUCAAACUUUGAUUGGAUACAUUUACGGUUUGUGAAUUACACCCCAAGUACACCGUAUGUAUGUAGUAAAUGCUUUGCUUUUUUACUUUUUUAUUUCCUGGUAGGCCUAAUAAAUAUGUUUUUCUGUACAUCCA